AUGACGGAAGAAACACGCAUUAAAAUACAGGUUUUUCGACCUAGCUGGGAUGAGUUUAAAAAUUUUCCCAAGUACAUCGAAUACAUCGAGUCACAAGGCGCCCACAAAGCCGGCCUAGCAAAGAUUAUUCCACCACCGGAAUGGAAACCCCGCAAACAGGGCUACGACUUAGAUCACUUGGAUAUCACCAUACCAGCGCCCAUUUGCCAGGUGGUCGCCGGCAAGCAGGGACUGUAUCAACAAAUCAACAUUCAAAAGAAUCCUUUAACCGUCAAGCAAUUCGCUGAGAUGGCCAACACAGAGCGCUAUGUCACACCUAAACACUUUGACUUUGAAGAUCUAGAGAGAAAGUAUUGGAAAAAUAUCACCUAUGUAGCGCCCAUUUAUGGGGCUGACAUAUGCGGAAGCAUUACAGACAAAGAUUGUAACAUCUGGAACAUCAACCGGCUGGGAACGAUUUUGGACUUUGUCAACGAAGAUUAUGGAAUUUCCAUAGACGGCGUAAACACGGCGUACUUGUAUUUCGGUAUGUGGAAAACGACAUUUGCCUGGCAUACAGAAGAUAUGGAUCUGUAUUCCAUCAAUUAUCUGCAUUUCGGUGCACCGAAAACGUGGUACGCCGUGCCGCCGGAACACGGGCGGAAGUUGGAAAAGCUAGCCAAAAGUAGCUUCCCCGCGAGCUACAAUACCUGUUCGGCUUUCCUGCGCCAUAAAAUGACGCUCAUAAGCCCGCAUAUCCUAAAGCAACAUAACAUUCCAUUCGAUAAGAUCACGCAGGAGGAGAAUGAAAUUAUGAUAACGUUCCCGUUCGGAUACCACGCCGGGUUUAAUCAUGGGUUUAACUGCGCCGAAUCGACUAAUUUUGCCAUGCCGCGGUGGAUCGAGUAUGGUAAACGGGCGGCACAAUGCUACUGCAGCUCGGACAUGGUUAAAAUCCUGAUGGACACGUUUGUGAAACGCUUCCAGCCGGAUCGGUACGAGUCGUGGAUGGAUGGUAGCGAUUUCGGUCCACAUCCGGAGGACCCUACCAGUAUGAUUGGUCCACCGCCCAGAAUAACCGAAGCUGGUGACGAUAAGGAGGAGGGUGAUGCUGAGGAAGUAGAUCAUGGUACGAUGAAGAAAGGGUGCAACUUGACCGUGAGCAUUAGGAACAUUUCGUUCAAAGAGAAAAAUCCGGACCUAGAUUUGAGCGACAUCCAGCAGAAUCCGCAUCUCCCCGAUGACGUUAAGCAGGCGCUCAGUGGCAUCACCGGAGACGAGGAGGCAUGCGGCAUGUUAAGCGAACCGAUAGAACAACCAAAGCAAACCUUCAAAUCGUCCUCGUACGAUCCGUUCGAUGACGAUGAUGAAGAUUAUCUAGAGAGUAAAAGUAAAUCGGGCAAGAAGCGGAAGAAAAUGGACAGUGAUUAUGACGACGACUGGUAUAAUUCCACCCACGUCAAACCAAGAAGUCGCAACAGGUCCACACCCAAGAAACAGACGCGAGAUGAGCAAGUGGACGAGUCGCGCAAGCAGAGUACACGCAGGGACCUACUGGAAGCGAAAAAGAAGGAAAACGAACUGAAGCGUGAGCUGCUCCGGAAGGAAGCCGCCGAGAAAAAGCUAGCCCUUGCGAAAGAGCGCGAGGAACGGCGGCUCGAGAAUGAAAGACUGAAGAAGGAAGCGAUGGAACGACGGUACCAAGUUCGGCUCACUAAUGGAUGCGUCAAGGAAAAACUCGUCAGUAAUUCCAGCUUGGCUAUAGAUCCGUUGCGAAUUGAUAACGAUCCCGGCGCGUACACAGAACGAUCGUGUGUGUUAAAGACUUCCGCUUUCGCGCUGCAGCUCGCAGAUCCGUUGGAUGUCCGGACGCGACAAUCAUUACCAUCGAUUAAGAACAAAUCCACACCAAUCAUAAGGAUCGAUAGGAUUAAUCCUGUGAUGCGAAGUUCUUACCCUCCUGCUUCAUCGGUGAUGAACAUCAUACAACAACAGCCGGAAGUGAUGCCCCGUGUGACGAAACCACGGGUUGCGCCCGCUGGUACGGAAUCGAAUGGAGUGCAGAGCAAUAAAACGAAGUCACCCGCUCGAUCGCGCAAGUUGCCGAAAAAGCCUGCCGUUGCCAGUCAAGUACCUGCACCACCUGCUGGCAUUCGUUUAUUAACACCGGUGCUGUGUGAAGUCCCGAUCGCUAAACCCGAGCAGGAUUUGUUCGAUAACAGCAAAGACUUCUUCACGGUGUACAACCAAUUCGUUUCCAGCGUUCAGGUACCCGAGAAAAACAUGGUCCAAGUGCGUAACAAGCGAUCCGUUAAGGUUGCAGUCCGUCCUAAAACGUCCCUACCGGAAUCAGCCCUACCUAUCGAAACUGAAGCAACGCCAGUGUCAACGGUGGAUCCUUCGGAAACGACGGUGCAAGAAAUGCACUCGGAACCUAUGCAAGUGGUAGAGUGUCAAGCGAUUAAUCAGCACAAUGCCGAACCGUGCAUACCCAGUCUUGCUCCCUUGUCGACGAAUUUUGUGGAGGAUGCUGCGAUACAUCUUGCGGACGACGCUGAGCCAUCGAUAUUAGAACAUGUUAAAAUAAUAGAGAUACCUGCUGAUACAACGCACUCGGACGUGCCAUCAUCGUCAUCCGACGCGUUAUACACUAACCUUAGUAAUACUAAGCAGCUGGAGGAUGUGCCACCAGCAACAACAGUCCUGUACGCGAUAGAACCCGUCAGUGGGAUGGACAUGGCAACGAUAAAUCCCGUUGUUACGCCGCUAUCUUCGAGUGAGCUAAGCGACAACGCACAGUCAAGCAAUAUAGUAUUCAUACUUAACGGUGCCGAGGACGAAACCGUCCUGCACACAAUGAUGCCAUACGGCGAUGUCGUGCUGGACGAUGAAUCGUUUACGACAUUCGCAAACACCACCCCGAUUAUGAUCGAAUCUGGUGAUUGCGUGAGUGAUGCCACGAUACGAUCGGAUAGCUAA